GUAUUUAUAUAGUAUGACAUUGAGAGGAAGAGAGAAAAGGUCGAAAUCGGUAGAAAGAACAAAGGAAGACUCAAGGGAAUCAUUGUUCGGAAGAUUUACCUUCUUUAGGAACUGUAAUAGGCAGUGCAAGGACAACUCUAAGAGUACGAAUGAAGUCAAGUUCCAAAAUAAUGGACUUGAAGAACAAAAUACGCAAGCACAACAACCCCAACUAUCUCCUUCUAUUCCAGUGACACGCUCAAAUAGAAGAAGACAUGAAGCUAUCGAAGACACUUAUAACAACUGGGACUCAAAAAUAUUAGAGAAUAGUUUAUCUUCUAGUUAUCCAGGUCAUAACAGUCCACGUUCUUUAUCACCUGAACCUUAUUCAAGUGUUCUUCAUCGCUCGUAUCCAAAGAAUAAUAAUGUGCUGUCAAAGAGAGUCAGUUAUAAUAUUGGAAAUGGGAUAAGGAACCUAUCAGCUCUAAUAUCGGGAACACCGGGACGUUUUGCCGAAACUAUGAGCGGAAUUCGUGCUUCUAGCUCCAGCGAACUUUCCAAACUAACCUCGUCUUCUGUUUCGGAUGCGUUUUCUAGAGACUUUGGAGAGCUCUCCAAAUCCUUUAAUGGCUUAGACAGCCCCAUAUGUAUAACUCCAAGAAUAGAAGGAUCGCAAUCGAGUCUAUCAGAGAAGAGUGAUGUCAAUUUCAAGUUUGAGAUUUCGCCAGUAUCUUCUAGAACUGUGACACAAACUGGCUCAAUCUCUAGUAGGUCAAUCAUCAAUGCUCGUAAUUCUGCUUGUGAGAAGGUUGUAGAUAACGAAAUACAGAUGGCCAGUAAUAAUGAAGGAAUUGAACAACUGGACUUUCUGACGGUACAUCGUGGAGAUGGUAAAACUCAGAUUGAACUCCAUCGUGGAAGAAUAGAUAAGCUAUCUCGUCGAGAUAGAGUUGAUUAUCUGCUAGUUGCGAGAGCGUCCAACUUGGAAAAUAGUGAUCCUUUAGAAAGCACUCAAGUGUUUGAUUGCAGUAAUGUGCUGGAAGCACAUGGCUUGAAUAUUGAAAAAAUUCAGCAACUGUCCAAAGACCUCAAAUCAUUUAGAAAAAGUUAUCAUUGUUGGAUUUCUUGCAAGUUACAAAAGGAGAAACUAAACCCUCCUGGAUUUGAAUACGAAAGAAUGUUAUUCCAUGAUACAAAAAGUGGCAAUGUGGAGCCCCUAUUUCAAAUUGUAUUGGAUACUUUUCGCUGUUUGGCUGCUCUCAUUGCAUACAAUAUGACAGCAAAGAGUAUUUUGAUUCCUUUAUGUGGAGGUGAUCUGUAUCGUUGUAAGAACUAUCGUGUGGAUGCUUUGAAAGCGAUUUUGGAAGUUGCUACUGUAUACGCAGCAUGUGGACUUCCCCUUAGGAGUAUCAAAAUAUUAUUACCUGAAAACACAUCGAUUGAGUCAGAAAGGCGUCAUUUUGCUAGGGCAAGAGAAGAGUGGCAUAAUUUUGACAAUCAUCCCAUUGUUUUGGAAAAGAUGGAACGGAAAAACUUUCUGUACGAUUGUUUAUUGUUACAUGGGAAAUCGGAAAUGAAGCAAAUUGAAAUCAUCAAAGACAGUUUGCAAGACAUGAAAGCUAGUUCACAAAGUAUAGAUUGUGUAGCUAGUGUACAUUCAGGAGCCAACAGCAUUCAAAUCUUCAAAAGUCUUUCGAGCCUUGUUUUCUCAUCUCGCAAAAUUGUUGCUUUGAUAUCUCCAAACUUCAUGGAAUGCUUAUGUUGUCAAAUGUUGUUUAGUCUCGCAUUUUGUAGAAACUUGGAAUCAAAGGGAAAUGCUUUAUUACCUAUUGUAUUGGACAACUGUCCUAUGAGUCCCUUAGUUAAACGUGUAGUAAAUUGUCAGGGUGUCAUUGCUGGUUCACAGAAGAUCGAUAUUAUAUUGAGAGCAAUCUGCAAAUUUGUUUCUUCUGAAGUGAACUCUUCCGAGCGCAAAAACGACAAAGUUGGUACUAUACGUCUGCAUUCUGGUGAAAUUGUAGAGAAAAAGUGGGAAGAUGAAACAACAAGAGAACUUAAUGGUCAUCAUCAGCAGAUGAAAGAAGAAGAAGAUUUGUGCAGAAACGAGCAAUGGCAAUAUUUCGAAACAAACAAUUUGAACGAUUUUGAGUUUGAAGACGACGAAAGUAUUUUGAGCAAUCCUUUGUUUACUCUUUCUUCAUUACCCGAAUGGAAGAGUCGUUGGAAUAUCGAUCCUCGCAUGCUUGAAGUGGGUCCUCGCAUUGGAGUUGGUGGUAGCGGAGAAGUUUUUAAAGCUACUUAUCAACGCCAAGUAGUUGCUGUAAAGUUACUGGUACAAGAUGAAGAUCAUACUUCUUCCGAUGCUCUUUUAGAUUUCAAAGGAGAGAUGUUAUUGAUGAGUGGUUUGAGCCAUCCCAAUAUCGUUAAGUUUAUAGGCGCAGUGAAUAGUUCUACCAACAUUUGUCUCGUGACAGAAUUUGUUUCAGGCGGAUGUUUGUAUCGCUACAUAGCCAGAAAGAGAGCGAAUGGUGAAAUCUUUCCUAUGAAGGAUUAUCUGAAGAUUGCAUUGGAUAUUGCUAAAGGAAUGGAAUAUCUUCAUGCACAGACACCUCGGGUUAUUCAUAUGGACUUGAAGUCACCCAAUAUUUUGUUGAGUCCACAUAACAACGGACACACUGCUAAGAUAGCUGAUUUUGGAUUAUCCUGUCGACUAGAUAAAGGCUUGAGAAAUACUGGUUUUGGUGGAACUGCGGAAUGGAUGGCACCUGAAAUGAUGAGACAAGAAAAGUUUGAUGAGAAAGUUGAUGUGUUUUCAUUUGGGGUCAUUUUAUGGGAACUUGUUACGGGAGAGAAGCCUUGGGGAAAUGAUCAUCCUACACAUAUCAUUCGAAAGGUAUCAUUGGAAGGACAAAGACUGAUUGUACCUUUGGAUAUCCGACAGAGGAUUCCAAAGGAGGUGGACGACCUUAUUGAUCAGUGUCAAAGUGCAAUUCCUGUUCAACGUCCUUCUUUUUCAGAUUGUGUGCAAGUUUUAACAGAUUUAUGUUUUAGAGAAAGCUAAGAUACGACUUGUAUAAAAAAUGAAAAUCUUGA